GUCCCUUUUAUGGCACUCUCGUCUUCAAAUCCCACCCUCACACGCAUGCCGUCACUGCGAUUUCUCGAAUCUUCAUUGCAGAAAAAGGGACAACUUUCGGGUAAAAAGGAACGAGCUUCAUGUUUGGAACGUGAGGGCCAGGUUUUCAAACUGUUUCUGUCUUGAUUGAUUCCUUCAUCAGUACCGUCUGACACUCCGGUGGCUGGAUUUGCCUUGGAUCAUGGAUUGUGGUGGCGUACUGUGGUUCUUGCUCCUUCUCGCUACUGGAUUCGGUGUUUUUGCGGGUGCUGAGCGGCCUGCUGUUGUGAAUAUUGGAGCUGUGUUAACCUAUGAUUCCGUCAUCGGUAGAGUUGCAAAGGCCGCGAUCGAAGCUGCUGUCGCCGAUGUCAAUGCGAAUGCGUCGGUUCUCGGGGGGACGCGGUUGAAUCUCGUUAUGCGAGAUGCAAAUUGUAGCGUUUUUCUUGGAUCUGCUGCAGCCUUGAGUGUUCUGGAGCAUGAUGCAAUUGCCCUAAUUGGACCGCAAUCCUCUGCAAUAGCUCACAUGAUUUCAUCUAUUUCUGGUGGACUUCAAAUACCACUCAUAUCUUUUGCAGCUACAGAUCCGACUCUUUCUUCUUCUCAAUUUCCCUUCUUUGUUCGCACGACACACUGUGAUUCCUAUCAGAUGGCAGCGAUGGCAGAUCUAAUAGAAUAUUUUGGAUGGAGACAAGUCAUUGCAAUUUAUGUAGAUGAUGAUUACGGAAGGAACGGGAUAUACUAUCUUGAUGACGAGCUUGCAGAGAACAUGUCAAAGAUGUAUAAGAUUGCGUUGCCAGUCAAAGCUACUCGGAAUAAGCUUAUAGAUUUGCUGCAGAAGUCGAAGACAUUAGGUCCACGAGUCUAUGUGGUGCAUGCUACCCCAGACGCUGGUCUUAAUAUAUUUUCUGUUGCUGAGCAGCUUCAUAUGAUGACUGAUGGAUACGUUUGGCUGGCUACAGAUUGGCUUUCUACUGUUCUUGAUACAUCUCAAACAGUCGCUUCUAAUUCUAUAAGUUAUUUGCAAGGAGUAGUGAGUUUUCGUCAAUACAUUCCUCGCUCAAACCAAAAAGAAGCUUUUGUGUCUAGAUGGGGUGAAUUACAAAAAGAGGGGUUGGUGAGCUUAAACUUGAGUACAUAUGGCUUCUUUGCAUAUGAUACAGUUUGGGCCACUGCCCAUGCUAUCAAUGACUUCCUUAAUGAGUAUGAGAACAUCACUUUUUCGUCUAACAGUAACCUACAGAGUAUAAAGGGAAAGAUGCGGCUGGGAAUGCUUAAAACUUUUGAUGGAGGGCACCUACUAAUUAAAAAAUUGUUACUCUUGAAUUUUACUGGUUUAUCUGGUCAAAUUCAGUUUGAUGGUGAUAAAAACCUCAUUAGCCGCAUGUAUGAAAUUGUUAAUGUUCGUGGUUCAGUGACUAAUAGAGUUGGCUACUGGUCUAACCAUUCAGGUCUCUCCAUCUCUUUACCUGAAAAUUUACUCAUAAACAGGCCAAAAAAUUUGAGCUUCACCCAGGUUCUUGGGAGAAUAACUUGGCCAGGUGGGAAGACGGAAACUCCACGUGGUUGGGUGGUGGCAAGUAAUGAGAGGCCACUGAGAAUAGCAGUUCCUAAUAGAGCCAGUUAUCUGGAGUUUGUAAGAGUAACAAACGGCGGAGAUAUGGAGAAUGUUAGUGGAUAUUGCAUUGAUGUGUUCAAAGAGAUAAUGAAACUGAUUCCUUAUGAGGUGCCAUAUAAGUUUGUGCCUAUUGGAAAUGGUCAGACCAAUCCAAAUUAUGAUGAGCUUGUGAACAUGGUUGUGCAACAUGUUGUUGAUGCAGCCAUUGGAGAUAUCGCAAUAGUCACAAGUCGGAGUAGAAACUCAGAUUUUACUCAGCCGUACAUCUGUACUGGCCUUGUCAUAUUGGCUCCAAUCAGAAGUAUAAAGUCAAGUGCUUGGGUUUUUCUCAGGCCGUUUACUGUUGGAAUGUGGUGCGUGACUGGAGCAUUCUUUUUUGUCGUUGGGGUGGUUAUUUGGCUACUUGAGCACAGGGUAAAUAGUGAUUUCAGGGGCCCACCAACGCGGCAGUGCAUAACUAUGUUUCUGUUUAGUUUCUCAACACCUUUCCAGUCACAGCAAGAAGAAAUUUUGAGCACACUUGGACGAUUUGUUAUGAUGGUAUGGCUAUUUCUACUGAUGGUGAUAACGUCAAGCUACACUGCAAGUUUAACUUCAUUUCUUACUGUCCAAAAACUUUCAUCUCCAAUAAAAGGAAUUGACAGUUUAAUUGCUAGUAAUGAACCUAUUGGUUACCAAGAAGGAUCUUUUGCCCGAAGCUACCUUGUAGAUGGACUUAAUGUACAACCAUCAAGGCUUGUUUCACUUGGUUCUCCCGAAGCUUACAAAGAAGCACUAGAACGUGGGCCAGAAAAUGGAGGUGUGGCAGCAAUUGUAGAUGAGCUUCCAUAUGUUGAGUUGUUUGUAGCAAAAACAAGUGGAUUUGGCAUCAUAGGGCAGUCCUUCACGAGGAAUGGAUGGGGAUUUGCAUUUCCAAGAGAUUCUCCCCUUGCGAUAGAUAUGUCAACAGCUAUGCUCAAGCUCUCUGAGAAUGGGGAACUGCAGAGGAUUCACAAAAAGUGGUUUUGCAACACAAGCUGCAUCGUUCAGAGUGGCAUAAACUCUGAGCCUGACCAGCUUCACUUCAACAGCUUUUGGGGGUUAUUUCUGGUCUGUGGUGUUGCUACUGUUGCAUCUCUCAUCUUGUUUUUUCUAAGGUCAAUCUGGCAGUUUAUUCGCUUCAAUAGGAAGCACAGAGAGCCUGCAUCCACCUGUGAGCUACCAAACAGGGGCUGUACUCAAGUCAUUUUUCGCUUCUUUGAUUUCAUUGACAAGAAAGAAGAAGCCAUUAAGAACGCGUUCAAGCAGAGGAACACGUCUCUUCCAGAAAGUAGCUGAUUCCUCACCGAACUUUUUGUGUCGUAGGUGGGCAUUGCUUUCACGGGGCGAUUCCAUGCGAAUCACUUCUCUCCAAAGCCAAUCUGAUUGGAUUCUUCGGUAGGUGGAAGCUGUUGUGAUCACUUGUUCUCGGAGAGGCAGAUGUGAACUCAUGAGCCCACCAUCUGUCUCCGUCCAAUCUCCUUGUCGUCGAUGUCGAUAUCAUGAAAGAACCAUUCUACUUGUUUGCAGAUUCCAUGCCUAGUGGCCUUAGUGGCACACACUUAUUGUUGGGUUGGUUUCUCAAAGAAUAUAUGCUUCAUGAGACGACAGUCUACUAGAUGAAGUCAAAUGUAGUCUUCUUCACUAGAUCAUGUCUGUUACCUUUAGAUUUAUCUAUUUGUGAGCUGAUAUGAUGCUGA